CGUAAUCUUUAACGUCGGAUUAGGUAUAAAAGCCUUAUAGCCGUAGGAAAAACGACAGUUUUAAUCAUUUAAACUGGACAAUAUCCGAUUAUAUCGAUAUUCGGCCAUUCUAAAAAAGCUUAUUUCCGAUAUUUUAUUUUAGUGUGGAAGAAAAAUAGUUUCAAGAAAGUUUGUGUACGGAAAUCGGUCGAAAAAUGGGAUAUAAGAGAAUUUCUGUACAAAGAUUUAUAAAAUUUGGAAUACUUCUUAUAUCGUUGGUAGUACUUGUACAUGUAUUGACAUUAUUUCAUAUGAAUUCUGUAAGUUUGAAAAGUGACCGGUCCGAGUAUGUGAAAUAUAUUGAACAGGGGCUACAUAAUAGAAAACCAAGGAAUGUAAAUACAAAGUAUAAAGUUUUAUUCUGGUUACCGUUCAAUAAUAAGAACCAGAUGAAAUACGAAAGCACGUGUAUGCAACGGUGUCCUGUGAAAUGUGAGCUGACGAGCAAUAAAGAGGACAUAAGUCAAGUUGAUAUGGUUAAUUUUCACUUAACUGAUUUAUGGACAGAAAUCUGGAAAAUAAAUACUAAAUCGAUAAUUCAGUUUCCAUCUUAUCGUAGACCGGACCAAAUAUGGAUGCUUACAAAUCGGGAACCUCCGCCAAACCUGUACGGAAAUCUCCGAGUGUUCAACGGAAUUUUUAAUUGGACGUUAUGGUACCGGAAAGAUGCGACACUUCAUUUACCGUACGGAUAUGCAACAAGUUUAGAUGAAAAUGAAGCAGUCGUAGAAAGGUCUAGAAAUUAUUAUAAAGAAAAGUCAAGGGAAGUAACUGGUGUGAUAAGUAAUUGUAAAGAUACAAAUAGACGUUAUAGAUUUAUCAAAGAAUUGAGUAAAUAUUUAGAUAUAACAAUGUUUGGAUAUUGUUAUAAUAAUGUAUGUGGCGAUAGGAUGAAGCAUGCGUCCUGUGAUAAUGUUACUAGGCAAUAUAAAUUCUACCUAUCAUUUGAGAAUUCUAAAUGUAAAGAUUAUGUUUCUGAAAAAUACUGGCAGGCAUUACACCGAGGACAAAUUCCCAUUGUUAACUGGGACCUGAGUACGAUAAAUAAAGAUAUUCCAAUUCCAGGAUCAUAUAUAAGCGUCUCUGAUUUUAAAGACGUCCAGACGCUUGCAAAUCAUAUAAAGCGCGUGAGUGUUAAUGAAACGCUUUAUAAUAGUUAUUUGAGCUGGAGAAGAAGAUAUAAGGUUGGGAAAAGCUGUAUAUCAUGUAUUGCAUGUAAGGCCUUGCACGAAGCUAGACCUCCACAAGUUAUAGACGACCUGGAUGGAUGGGUUCAAGACGACACUUGUAAAAAAGUGGACGGCUGGAACAACUAUAUAACACAAUGGGACGAAUAUCUUUUCUGGAAGCUUGGUAUUUAAUGAUAAAAGAAAUGCCUAAGUAUAUAACUUUACUAGAGAUGAAGUUAGAUCAUGGUUUGUUGCUUUCAGUUUGUUCGUGGGUAAACAUAAUGACAAUAUAUUUUUAAUAAUACACAAAACACGACCCCAUAGUUUGGCACACACAUUGUCGACAACAAUUAGACGGAACUUGUUUCUCGGGAGAAAUUCAAAACCUACAUAAACGAGUUGCUACUACCCGUAUCAUGGCAGUGAUAAACAUUUGUGAUUUGUCCAAGAAGAAGAAAAGCAGUGAUAAGCAUAUUAUGACUUACCGUUCAAAAGUUAGAUAACAUUACAUCAUGAAGUAUGGUUUUCACAAAUGGAAGAAACAUUACGUUUUGACAUGAUUGUAGUAAUACACAUGUCUGACUUGUGUAAACAAAAUGAUCACGUGACUAGUGUAUAUGCAAUUUUAUAGGAGCCGCCAAAAUACACGUUAAAAUUUUUAAUUUGCAUUCAGUUUACUAUUCUGUUCCAAUUCCGUUUCGAAAUAGUUUUAAAUCUAUUGUAUUAUUAUUACAAGUGAAAGAAAAUGCU